GUAACGCGGAAGCUCGCAUGAACAUCGGGAUACGCACUUCGCGAAGCGAUACUUCAACAUGAUGGGAUAUUUCUGGCUCAAUGCGUCCGCGGAUAUCGUUCAGUGCUGUCUCCUUCUGAUUCGGAUUCCUCCGCAUCCUUGAACAACGAGUAGUAUCGCAUUGUCGUCAGGGAGAGUCACCGCCGCUUCCAGCGACUACGAUUUGACUCUCGGCAACCGUCCGUCCCGCCAACAAGCCGCCGCUGUGCUUUCCACAUCUCAUCGGCGACUGGCUGCCUGCUCUCACUAUUGGGUCACUCAUCUCGGAGCGGGCAUUUUGCCCUAGCGGUGCGAAUCGUGCAUGAACGGCGUACGUCGAUUUCUCGCUGGCGGAGGCACGCCUCCGACCGCCCAGCAAUUCCCCGUCUCUCCGUCCACUCCUCCCCCAGGCCCAACCCUCGAGUCACCCUUCCAGAGCCCUGCUCCCCUUGCUGUUCCGCCCAAACCUACAUGGCCGCCCUCACCGGUCCAGAGUCCUACGGACUCCUCGCCGCCAGACCCGGUGGACAGUCCCAAAACGACAACUGCAGGACUAUUCUUCCGGAAGGACAGGCAGCGACCGCUGCCCACGGCCUCGACUUUCGAUGAGGGCGUUGUAGGCAAUGGCUCUUUCCAUUCACCACAAUCAUCGCGCGAGUCAAACGGUAUCUCCCCGCCACGAAGCAACGGCUCGUCCGGACAGCUUUCGUCACCGGGCGCGGGCCCAUCAUCGCCUCGCCCGCUCCCCACCCGUGUAUCGGAGCUUUCAAGAAAACCUGUUGCGAUGGAACUACGUCCAACAUCUAUGGUUUAUAAUGCCCGGGACGACCUUCUCAUCAGCCUGCUCGCGAGCGAGGCGAUCGUGGACAGUCGAGGAUGCGAGAUUCUGAGUGCGGAGGAGGUUGAGGAGCUCAAGAAGGAGCACCAAGUGCUCUCCUCGCGGCUCGCUGCUAUGACGAAGAAACUCGCUCUUGAGACCAAAAUACGCGAUGCAGCACUAUCCCUGUCCAAGGCGAACGCAUCCUACAAGAACGUAUCCAAGCAGUCAAGCGAGCACCUGGAGACAGCCAACCGGAAGGUUGAACAGGCACAAAAGGAUUUAUGGCGCGUCUCGGAACGCGCAAACGAGAUACAGCGGAAGCUGUUCGAACAUCGCGCAGGGGUACUCAGCUACUCAGUCCGGAGCCUCGAGAAGAAAGCCGCGCCCCAGGACGGGGACUCAAGCGCGUCUGGGUACAGCUCGCCCAGUCGCAGUGCGCAGAUGAGCCCAACGCCAUCGUCCGUGACGAGCAUGACCACCGUAUCCUCACGAGGUCGCUUCGAGCACUUCUUCGCAGGCCACUCAGAUUCUGUCACUCCGACCACCCCUCGAUUACCGCCGACAAUGGCAGAGGUCACCGCGCUAGAGGAUAAGCUCAGGGCCGCCACGGCCGCCCUUGAAGCUGCGACCGCAAAGCAGGGCGAGAUGGUGCGCGAGCUCUCCCAUUUGCGUCUCGAGAAGGAGCAGAUAGAGACAACGUUGGGAAUGGACCUUCAAAGUGCAGAGGAGACCAUCGCGACGCUCGAGCAGUCGGCGGGUAGGGCGGAAGGCGUCGACGUGCGAUUGCAGGAACUCGAGGCGGAGAGGGCGGUUUGGAGACGGGACCAUGCGGAGCUAGAAGAACGACGUCGCGAGGUGGACACACUCGAGAGAAGACUGGAGGUACUUGAGGAACAGAGCGGGGAGGUUGCGGAGAUGGAGACCGCGUUCGCGCGCGAGCGAGAAGAGAUUCGAGGUAUGUUGGCGGCGAGGGAGAAGAAGAUGGAAGAGACGCAGAGGCAGAUGGCAGAUAUGAAGUUACAGUGGGAUAUUGAGCGGUCAUCGUGGGAGGCGGAGAAGGCUACAUUGCAGGACGGCGCGCAGAGCAAGAUGGAAUUGGCACAGUACUCCGAUGCACUACGGGACCUCAUGCACGCCCACGGCAUCGUGCUCACAUCGCGGGAUGUCUCGCUCAUGGGUCUUGUACAAUCCGUCGGGCGGCAUAUAGAAGACAUGCACUCCAAGGCCGAGGCGCAUGCUCGUGCCGAGGAUGAGUGGGUUGCACUGCGGACGAAACUUGAGAUGGACGUCCGUGCAGGUCUCGACAAGCGAGAGGCGCUGUUCGAGGAGGUCGAAGAAGCACGACGAACGCGAGACGAGGCGAGAAUGCAAGCUCGGGACUUCGAAACGCAGCUCAGGGAACAAUCGAUGGCGCAGAUGGCAGUAGUCAGCCUGCAGGGUCCUCAGGGUCCCGUGGACUUUGCCACCGACGCUGCAUCAAUAGUUGCGCUAUUGCAGCCUAUGUGGGCCGUACUACCCUCUCCUGAAGCUCGGGCCAACAAACUCGGUGCGCGUAACAUCCGCCCGGGUCCUCCUUCAAGCCCUGUUCUGGCCAGUCGUAGCAAUGCAUCACUGUCGGACAUGGAUGUGCGGUCACUCAAAACCCUGUAUGACCCGAGGGGUACUUCCGCUCAGCCCUCCGGCGCUUUCACAGUGGAGGGCUUCGUGACCAGAGUGCAAGCUCUCAUUGCAGACGACCGUGCUCUUAUCGAGCGUCUCCUCCGGUUCGCGCAAGCACACGACCUACUCAAGAAGAAUGCGGAGCGGGCUCAGAAGUUGGCGCAGGAGAGUAGUAACGCACUUGAGACAUACCAGAAGCAGGUCAACAUGCUUGAAGAGCGAAAUCUCACAAUGAUGGCCAAGCAACAAGCACUGGACGAGGAGGUGCAACAACUGCAUGAGACUAUUGAGCAAAUCACUGCUGAGAAGCUCGAGAUCGAGAUGCAAGCUGCUGAGCAAGCCGAGACCUGCCGACAGCUCACGGACGCCAACAACGCACUCAGUGCGCGCAUGCUUGCUCUGGCGGAAGAGUCAGCAUCCGCCGGCGGCUCUGUCAAUGUCAGCAAGCAGCUGGAGACUCAGCUUGCAGAGUGUAACGCAUCGCUCGCUCGGGCGAAGGACGAGAUCGAAUCGAUGCGAGGCUCUCAACAGAUACAACAGAUGGCCCUACUGGAGGAGCUGAAUAACGUACAGACGGAGAAUUCGACCCUCCGUGAGCAGCUACGCAAGAGAUAAAACGGCCCGUGUCCGCUGCAUUUCUGCGGGUAAUAUCAGACAUCGGUGCGCCUUCGUGCUUCUCUGACGGGCACUGUGUCCGUCGCCUAUCGUGCCUACUGGUUGUCAUUUGUCGUCAUUCCCCCUGGUUCUUAUUCCGGAGACAAUCGUUACGCCAUAUAUUAUAGCUACUGUAUAACGUACGUUGAUGACCUCUCAUGACCUCUAUUAGCAUUGCUUUUGCCACGCUCAGCCUCACGAUCCCUGCUGUCAGGCAGGAGCCUGAAUUUGAGCGGUACUUACGGUCGGGUGCAGUCGAUACGGUCGAAGUGAAGUUUGGACCGAAUGUGCAGGCCGACUCCCUCUGCCAUCACAACUCCUUUGCAC